UCCCCUCACGUUACCAAAAUAAACCUUAAUUUCCAUAACAGACACAUUUUCAUUCCCAUUUUUCUCUUCCUAUAAAGCCAACGCCUCUCCUCCUUCUCCCAUUGCUCAUUUACACAUAUUUCUCAAGCCCAACCUCAGCCAUGGGAGGGGGCAAGCAGGUCGAUGUCGGUGUCGGUGUUGACGACAUUAGCCUCAAGGACCUCUCGUUAAAGCUUGAGGAGUUUGCCAAGGCCAGAAAUUGGGAGAAGUAUCAUAGUCCUAGAAACCUUCUCCUUGCCAUGGUAGGAGAAGUAGGAGAGUUAUCAGAAAUAUUCCAAUGGAGAGGAGAAGUGGAGAAAGGACUGGCAGAUUGGGAGGAAUCAGAUAAAGAGCAUCUUGGUGAAGAACUUUCUGAUGUGUUGCUUUAUCUCAUCAGAUUGGCUGACAUUUGUGGAAUCAAUUUGGCUAAUGCUGCUACUAAGAAACUUGUUAAGAACUCCAUCAAAUACCCCACCCCCUAACUCCUCUACUUAAUUAAUUAAUUUCCCCCCUUACCUUUUCUAUUAUGAACAAAAAAAUAAUUUCCCCAUCUUAAUUUCCUCUCCACCCUUCCUUUUUUCUUUUUUUUCUUUUCAUUUUUGUAUUGUAGCUUAAAAGAAAAAAAAGCAAAUAUUUAUGUGACAGUACCACCAUUUCUCUAA